GGCCGCGCACACGUGACUGGGCCAAGAUGGCGUCGCUGGGUGCCCUAUUCAUCUUAGCUGCAGCUCUUCUGCCCUGGUCCUGCCAAGCUCGAGCGCUGGGCAAUCUUGACCCGCCCGCGCCGCUGCCGCUGGUGAUCUGGCAUGGGAUGGGAGACAGCUGUUGUAAUCCCAUGAGCAUGGGCGCUAUUAAGAAAAUGGUCGAAGAGAAAAUACCCGGAAUUUACGUUUUGUCUUUAGAGAUUGGGAAGAACAUCAAAGAGGACAUGGAAAACAGCUUCUUCUUGAAUGUCAAUUCCCAAGUAAGGACAGUGUGUCAGAUUCUUGCUAAUGAUCCUAAAUUGCAGCAAGGCUACAAUGCUAUGGGAUUCUCGCAGGGAGGCCAAUUUCUGAGAGCAGUGGUUCAGAGAUGCCCAUCGCCUCCCAUGACCAGUCUGAUCACAUUUGGAGCGCAGCACCAAGGUGUUUUUGGAUUCCCUCGAUGCCCAGGAGAGAGUUCUCACAUCUGUGACUUCAUCCGAAAAACCCUGAAUACUGCCGCUUACUCCAAAGUCGUUCAAGAACGCCUGGUACAAGCAGAAUACUGGCAUGAUCCCAUAAACGAGGAUGUGUACCGCAAACACAGCAUUUUCCUGGCAGAUAUAAAUCAGGAAAGGAGCACCAAUGAGACCUACAAGAAAAACCUGAUGGCCCUGAAGAAGUUUGUGAUGGUGAAGUUCCUCAACGAUAGCAUUGUGGACCCUGUAGACUCUGAGUGGUUUGGAUUUUACAGAAGUGGUCAAGGCAAGGAGACUAUUCCCCUACAGGAGACCACUCUGUAUACAGAGGACCGCCUGGGGCUAAAGGAAAUGGACAAAGCUGGAAAGCUAGUGUUUCUGGCUACAGAAGGGGACCAUCUUCAGCUGUCCAACAAAUGGUUUUAUGCCCACAUCAUACCCUUCCUUGAAUGAAGCCCUCACAGUUUAUAACAGAGCUCAGAAAGCCCCUAACUCUUCCAAGCCACUUGAAAGUUUUCUUCCUGGCCAAUCCUGAGCUCAGAUCAGCUUGCAGCUAAUCCUUCUCUUCUGUUACCAUCUAACAUGCCCUACUUGGAAAGAUCUAAGAUCCGAAUCUUAUCCUUUGCUGCCUAUCACCAUAUGGUGUUGAAUUCAAGUUUAAUUAGUUAAUAACAAAGGAGAUUGUUUUACAACCUUGUGAUGUGGUCAAGCUGUCUCAGGAAAAGGAAUCUGCUAGGCAUCAGUGCCAGAACUGUAUCCAGGCCCAGGGGAGACUGAACAAACUAAAGCAGUGGGGUCAGUGGGGGGCGGGGGAACAUCUGGCCACAUUUGAGGCAAAUAGAAGGCCAAGACUUGGGUGUGAGGUACUACAUAAAUACCAUCUCAGCGUUACUGGUGGAGCUUUAACUAGUGCUCAGAAAGGUAUUGCUUGGGGUGUUUGUGCGUAAUUUAAGUCUGCUUUCUUGAGUCAUGUUGCCUUCGAUAGUAUCUUAGCAAUUACUAGGCAGAGCCCACCAGCCCACAAUCUUGCCUCUCCAGAGCUCGUUUUGUCUUCUCAGGUAGUGAUAAAUUAGUUGCUGUUAUAAAAGGAAGGGAAGUAGUUUUAAGUGGGGUUGCUUUGGAGCAGAAGCAUACAUCUUGCGUAACUUAGUACGUUGGGGAAGGGGUGAUGAAACAGACGAGGGUGAAAAUGAAGCAGCCAGUGUUUCCUGCUCCAUCUUUUAUUAAUCUACCCUUACCAUGCACCUAGCAGCCUGGAUGCUAAUCACUGUGGCUGGCUUUAGCAGAAAAAUAGGAGGAAUGUAAACAGACCAGGCUUUCUAACCUCUAGCCCUAAAAACCAUACUUACCAGCAUCCUCCAAACUGAUGCUAUGUUCUGUGAGGACAAAAAUAAAAAAACACCACUU